AUGUCAGAGCGUUUGCGUGAAAGGCUGGGUUUGUUAUCCGAGGAGUUUGAUGGAAGUCUUCGAUCUUCAUCUCCAUCAGGUAGUCGUUCUCCACGUAGAAUGAGCAGAUCACCUCGACCUCAUGGCUCUCAUGAGCCAGCAAUAGGCGUGACUAGACCAUUCGUACGACAAUCACAUCCGGAAAUCGCAGCAUGGCCUGCACCACCAUCAGCUCACCAAUUGAGUUGCCUUUCUGGGAAUGUGAGAACACCAGUUGGAGGACCAGCACCGCCGUCGCCAGUGUUAAGAAGACAGCCAAGUGGACCAAUCUCGCCUUCACCAAUAUCUCCAGUUAGCCAACAUUCACGUGCAAGUUCUAGACAUGACAUUGACAACACUUCUCUAUUCUCAGUUCUGAAAUUAUCACAUGUUGGUAGGGAAUCAUCAAGGAACUCAACUAGGAAUAAUUCACCUCAACCAGCCGGCCGUGAAACCGAGCUGAAACGAAAGAUACAAACGUUGGAAGAGACUGUUGCGGAAUAUGAGAGACAAAAAUACAACGUUAUGGGAACAUUCAGUGAAUAUAGAGAAAGAGUUGCUGAACGAGAGCGAAAACUAGAAGCAGAAUAUUCUGGAAAAAUAAUAGCGUUGUCAGAAGAGGUGUUAGGUGCCAAGAAGGAUUUUGAAGCAAGAAUGAAAAGUUUUCAAGCUCUUCAAGAUAAAUUUGAACGAGAAAAAGAACAAGCAUUGGAGAAGUUGCGGAAGGAACAUCAGAAAGAGAUUCAAGUACUAGAGCAGCGAUUCUCAGACACCCAACUGCUGAAUCUUGAACAGAAGUACAUUCUGGAAAUUCAGCGACUAGAAGAGGAACGAAAAUCUCUGCGAUCUGAAAAAGAGCGUCUCGGGGAAACCUUUGAAAUGAAAUUGAGAAGAGCCCAGUCCCUGUAUGAAACCGAGUUAACCGCUGCCAAAAUGCUUUACACAAAAGAGCUGGAAGCUUUGAGAGAUCACGAAGAAGCACUGAAAGAAGAAUUGUUGGCAAGACAAGAUGAAUUCCAUGACCGACUCCAAGAAUUACAACUACAAUCAAAGCGUAGUCGUGAAGAUUUAAAUUCCUGCAAAAAUGAAGUGACUGCGUUGGAAAAGAAACUUCAGAACAAGGAGAAAGAAGUACAAGCUCUCACGAAAGAAUUGGAUCAAGUGAAAACUGAAACCAAUGAGAACAUCCGACGUCUCACUGCUGUUACUUCAGAAUUCACAGAAUGCAAACAGAAAUUCCAGCAACAAGAGGAAGAGCUGAGGAGAAAAGCAAGGUUGCUCACUGUAGUUGAGGCUGCGAAGGAGAAAUUGGAAUCAGUGAUUUCUGAUUUGCAAAUCGAAGUUAGAGCGCUGAAGAAUAAAGUGGAAUUCUUGGAAACCGAACGUAGAAAUCUUCAAAGUCAAAGUGAAAGUCAGACUCAACUUCAAUCCUCUCAAGUGAAUGCAUUGGAAGCUGUUCUUGACAGUGUUACAAAAGAAAAAGAGAACACAAAGGAACACUACGAGAGUCUUCUUAUGAAGGAACGUCAGCAGGCAGAAAUCAGAGAACAUGCAAUGAAGAAAGAAUUCAGUUGCAAGUUGAAUGAGUUGGAAGAGCAAUACACGAGUCUGAAAGAAGAGCUUGAAGAGUCUGCACGUCUUGACAAAGACGAACUUCGUGAAUCUUCUCAAAUUGAAAUUCAAGCUUUGAGAACGGAGAAAAGUAUUCUUGCUGCAGAAAUUAGAGUGUUGACUCAAAAGAUUGAAGAUGAAGAGCAAGAUGACAUCACAGAACAGCUCGCUAAGAUUGUGGAAGACACUUCGCAACUUACUCGAACACUUGAAGAGUACAGAGAGAGGAUCACGGGAAAAGACGCUGAAAUCAUGACACUCCGUAAACAGCUGGAGAAGGAAAUCACUCACACUGAAGAUAGGAACCGAUUGUUGCAUGAAAACACUCAGAAAGAACUCGAUGAGCACAAGGAGACUCAUUCUGAAACUGUUCGUGUUCUGAAUGCCGAGAUCGACCAAUUUAAGAGCGCAUUUGAGAACGAAAAGGAAUACGGAAAAGAGAAAUCACUGAAGAUUAAAGAAUUGGAAGCACUGAACAACUCUUUAUCCAAAGAACUUGAAAAGACAAAGGAGGAAGCUGCUGCCUUAGAAUCUUCGGCAUCUGGGAAUGAGGAACUACAAACUGAGCUUGAAUCCAAGAACAAGAACAUUGAAGACUUGGAAGUGAAGAUUGCUGAACUCAACGAGAAAAUUGCUACACAAGCAUCUAUUACGAGUGAUGAAUUUGAGAAGACCAUUGCUGAUCUUGAAAAUGAAAAUAGUUCAAAAACAGAACAAAUAGAAAAACUUCAUUUGAGAGUGACCGAUAUGCUAGAACAAAUGGGAAAUAUCAAGGAAGAACUAGUGAAGAAGAAUGAGGAAAUCAAAUCAAUCAGUGCCAGAACAGCUCAACUCGUGGAAGCAAAUUCUACACAAGUCAACGAGACAGAAACGAAACUAGCGACUGCUUCUGAAGAACACAACGAAGCAUUGAAAAAGUUCCAGGAGACACUUGUUGAGAAGGAAAAAGAAGUUUCCAGCAAAUCGGAAAGAAUUGAUGAAUUAGAAACAUGUUUGAAAGAACGUGAAGUAGAGUUAUCAGACAUGAGAUCAAAACUCGACGAACUGACCCAACAACUUAACGAAGAAACGACAGUGGUACUUUUUGACAACUCGAUUCAAGAAAAGAUAAACGAAAAAGAAGUGAAAAUCACUGAAAUGAAUGAGCAACUUGAAUCGAAAGACUCUGAAAUUGCAAAACUUCACGAAGAAAUGUAUAUCCAGAAUAGAAAAGCAGAAAAGAAGAAUGAAGAGAAAGAUCGUCUUCUCCGACAAUUGAGAAUGGAAAAAGAGCAGUUGGAGGCGGAAAAAGCUGAACAAUCUCGCAUUGAGGCUGAAGUUGGAAAUGUUUUUCAAGCUGAAAACGAGUCUAAAUGGAAAGAAAGAGUGGAUGACUUAGAAAAUGCUCUUGAGCGCAAAAACGAAUUGAUCCAACAACUCCAAGAACGACUCACUGAUGAAUCUACUUCAGAGCCUCAAAUCAAGAAGAGAAUGAGUAUCACAUCCCAUGGUGUCUUUCAAAACUUUGUAAGCCAAAUGAAAGACAAAAGAGAAGAAGCCAGCGAGAAGAAGGUUCGAAAGGAAGCUGAGAAGAAAGCAGAGAAGGAGAAAGAAAAGGCUGAGAAGGCAGCUAAAGAAGCAGCCAAGGAAUUGGCCCGUGAAAAAUCACCUGCUCGAGCCAAGUCUCCAUCGAUCCUCAACAGAUUCCGAGACCGUAGUCCAGCAAAGUCAAAUACAGAUAAUCUUGAAACAACACCAUCUUCCUCAAGCAGAAAUCUUCUUUCGCCAUUUGAUGCUGAGAAACGUAUGGAACGAAGUUCUCCUUCUCGACCACUUUUCAGCAAGACUAAGAAAGAUGGAUCUUCUGAGAAACGACCUGCAUGGAAAUUCUAA